AUGGCACGCCUGAAAAGCUUGGGAGCGCACGGAGGCAGCAGGCUUGCUGUCCUCACCCUGGUGCUGGUGCUGGUAGGCACAGCGGCGGGCCUGUUAGCGCUGGGCGGCUUUGCCAGCGUCACGGCGUCGGUCGCGGCCGCCACCGCCACCUCUGCCUCCUCCGCCACCGCCGUCAACUGUCCUACCUGCCCCGCCUGCGACAAGGCCAACGGCAGCGUGCCAGCGCAGGCCGACCGGCCCUUACCAGAGCCGCCGCAGGAUGCGCCCGAGGAGCCGGGCGACGAGGCGAAGGUGGCGGCGGCAGCGCGCGGCGCCGACCCCGCAGCCGCGGCGGCGCACCCGAGCGGCGUGCCGCUGCUGUGCGGUGGGCCCGGCGCCGUGCCGCUGGUGGCGGACGCGCUGGCGGCAUCCACCGAGGCGCUGUACCCCAACGCGGCCGCCGCCUUCAGGCCCUGGGACAAGGGGUUCACCCAGGAGGACCUGGAGGCCACUGCCGAAUACAUGGGUGCCGACAAGCUGCGGGCAGACAUCCACAUGGUGGUGGAGGUGCGCGACAAGCAGCUGAUCUUCCCGCGGCAGCAGGACGUGUGCCCAGGCUGCAACCAGGCGGUGUUCCACGUCAAAAAGGGGGUGGACAAGGGGCUGGCGGCGGGCGUGCUGCGCAUCCCAGAAGGCGUGCCGCUGCUGCUCAACGUCAUGGAUCAAUCCGGUGGGGCCAGCUCCUGCGCCGCCCCCGUGUUCAGCAUCUUCAAGGAUUACCGAGACCUGGAUGUGCUCAUGCCGCACUUCAAGCCGGCAGGCUUGGACCCCCACUUUGUGCCCUGGGAGCAGAAGCAGCCCAAGGCAUUCUUCAGGCGAGAAGAGGAGGCACGGCGCCCGGGCACGCCCCCACGCCCCUCGGGCUCGCCAAUCUGCAGCUGGGUCCCACUCAACGGCACCGCGGUUGCCGCAUCCAAAAACUGCUCCCGCUGGGCCAUCGCCCAGCUGUCGUGGGACCAUCCCGACCUGCUCAACAUCACACUCACAGAGAAUGUGACUCAGUACGGCGGCCCCAUGUUCGUGCCUGGCCCACACGUGUCCCACGAGGAGCAGGCCUGGUACCGGUACCUGGUGAGCGCCGACGGCAGCACGGCGGCCUGGCGCCUGGCCACGGUUCUGAUGAAGAACAGCCUGGUGAUCAAGCAGGCAUCGCCGCGCGUGGAAUACUACUACCACGCAAUACACCCGUGCGUCCACUACAUGCAUUACUGGGUGACCAGCGAGACCGACCUGGUGGACAUAGUGCGUGCGCUCAACGCCAGCCCGCAGAACCAGCUGACGGCGCAGCGCAUCAGCGCCAACGGCCAGGCCUUUGCGGCGGCGCACCUGACGGAGGAGGCGCAGUGGAAGUACUGGCAGGCGCUCAUCGAUCGAUACCUGCAGCUGUUCCGUGGCCCGAUCGGUGGUGCGGGCAACGGCACGGUGGCAGGUGCACCAGGCGGCGGCGAGGCUGCUGCCACUGGAGCAGCGGAAGCCUCGGGCAAAGGCGAGGAGGAGCAGCAGCCUGAGGCGGAGCAGCCAGCGGAAGGAGAAGAGCAGCAGCCUGAGGCCAAGAAGGCAGCGGAAGGGGAACAGCAGCAGGCAGAGGAGAAGCAGCCGGCAGAAGGAGAAGAGCAGCAGCCUGAGGCGGAGCAGCCAGCGGAAGGAGGAGAGCAGCGGGAGCCGGAGCAGCCAGCACAAGAUGGAGAAAAGGAGCAAGCGCAGCAGGAAGGAGAGCAGCAGGAGGGGGAAGGAGGCACGCCAAAGGAGGAGCAGCAGGCAGCGGAAAAUAAGCCAGCGCGACGGCUCCGGCGGCUGCUGCUGUCGCACCAGCAGCGGCUUCAUGACUGA